AUGUCGGCGCCGCCCAACGAUGGCUACGGCCAACCGCUUGAUCAAGCACAGGAGCAGCCUUACGAUGGCCAAGCCGCGCACCCAGCGCACCAAGAGGGAGCUGCUGCGGGCAAGAAGAAGAAGCGAGGAUAUGCGGCGCAAGCUUUCGAGGUCGGCACAGGAGCCAAUGCUCUAGCAGGUGGCCAGGUACCAGGCGGACAGCCAUUCGCUGGCGCGCCAAUCCAAGGCGGUGCCGCUCCCUACGGAUCAUAUCCUCAAGCCGAGCCUCAGCCCGUCGCCGGCGGCCCUGCAGCUCCUGGAUAUCAGUAUCCCCAGCCCGGUUAUGGCGGCCAGCAACCCGCCGCGGCAUCGCAGCCCGCUUACGGCGGCUAUCAGGCUCCGGAUCAGGGAUACCAACCACCAGGAGGUCAAGGACCUGCCGCCGGCGUCGCUGGUAUCACCCAGGGCAUGGCUGGUAUGCAGAUGGGCAGCCAGCCUCAACAGCCUCAGAUGGCCCAAGCAGCCAGACCCGCUGUCCUCAACCAGCUGUAUCCUACGGAUCUUUUGACGCAGCCAUUCAAUGCCACGGAGCUGGAUCUACCUCCUCCUCCGAUUAUCCUCCCGCAAAAUACUAGCGUGACCGACUCGCCAGAUGCCAACUGCCCUUCGCGAUACAUCCGCUCUACAAUUAAUGCCGUCCCUACAUCGAACUCGCUGCUCAAGAAAUCCAAGCUGCCAUUUGCACUAAUAAUCCAGCCGUACGGAGCCCUCCACGAUGACGAGGAUCCCAUACCAGUUGUCCAAGAUCAGGUCAUUUCUCGCUGCCGAAGAUGCAGGACAUACAUCAACCCUUUCGUUACCUUUUUGGACCAUGGCCACCGCUGGAGGUGCAACAUGUGCAACCUGAGCAACGACGUGCCCCAGGCCUUUGAUUGGGAUGUCGCGGCUCAGCAGGCGGCCGACCGAUGGCGACGCCACGAGCUCAACCACGCCGUUGUCGAGUUUGUUGCUCCUCAGGAGUACAUGGUCCGACCACCGCAGCCUCUGGUGUACCUAUUCUGCUUCGACGUGAGCUACGCAGCUGUUUCCAACGGUCUCCUGGCCACGAGCGCUCGAACCAUUCUCGACAGCCUGAACAGGAUACCCAAUGCCGACCGCCGAACUCGUCUCGGUUUCCUUGCGGUUGACUCUAGCCUUCACUACUUCUCCAUCCCCAAGGACUCGGACGAGAAUGGCGAGACCAGCAUGCUGGUGGUUAGCGACCUUGAUGAGCCUUUCCUGCCGGUGCCUCACGACCUCCUGGUUCCCCUGGCCGAGAGCCGCCAGAGCAUCGAGAAAUUCCUCUCGAAGCUGCCGGAUAUGUUCCAGAACAACCAGAGCAACGGUUCGUGCAUGGGAUCCGCUCUGCGUGCCGGACACAAGCUCAUUUCUGCUCUUGGCGGUAAAAUUGUUGUCCUUACUGCCUCGCUGCCCAAUAUCGGCGUCGGAAAGCUGGAUAUGAGGGAGGACAAGAAGCUUUUGGGAACUUCAAAGGAGAGCAGUCUCCUGCAAACUUCAAACAGUUUCUACAAGAGCUUUGCCGUCGAGUGCUCCAAGAACCAGGUUUCCAUUGACAUGUUUUUGUUCUCGUCCCAGUACCAAGACGUGGCGUCGCUGAGCAACCUGCCGAGAUACACUGGUGGUCAGACCUGGUUCUAUCCUGGCUGGCACGCCUCACGGCCGGAAGACGCGCUGAAGUUUGCCUCCGAGUUUAGCGAUUACUUGUCGUCUGAAAUCGGACUGGAAGCCGUCCUCCGAGUUCGUGCGACUACGGGUCUGCGCAUGAACGCCUUCUACGGAAACUUCUUCAACCGUAGCUCGGAUCUUUGCGCCUUCCCCGCUUUCCCUCGCGACCAGGCCUACGUUGUCGAAGUUGCGAUUGAUGAGAAUCUCACUAAGAACGUGGUGUGCCUUCAAGCAGCUGUACUACACACUACAUGCAACGGAGAACGUCGUAUCAGAGUGCUGACCCUCGCCUUGCCCACGACGACGAACUUGUCUGAUCUGUAUGCAUCAGCGGACCAGCACGCCAUCACCACCUAUUUCAGCCACAAGGCCGUGGAGAGAGCGCUCAGCAGCGGCCUCGACGCGGCUCGGGAUGCUCUGUCAGCCAAGGUCACCGAGCUCCUCCAAACCUUCAAGAAGGAGCUAGCCGGUGGUAGCAUGGGCGGAGGUCUGCAGUUCCCUGCCAACCUUCGCGCUCUUCCUCUCCUGUUCCUUGGUCUCACAAAGAAUGUCGGACUGCGAAAGUCAACGCAGAUUCCGUCUGAUAUCAGAUCGGCUGCCCUGUGUCUCCUCUCUACGCUCCCGAUUCCUUUGUUAAUCCGAUACAUCUACCCCAAGUUCUACUCUCUACAUGACAUGCCUGACAACGCUGGUGUACCCGAUGAGACCACAGGCCAGAUUACGCUCCCCCCGGCGCAUAACCUUGCUUCGGAGAGAUUAGUAUCAUACGGUCUCUACCUGAUUGAUGAUGGCCAGGUUCAGUUCCUGUGGGUGGGCCGAGACACCGUCCCCCAGCUGAUUGCCGAUGUCUUUGGAGUAGAGGAUCGUACACAGGUUCACGUCGGCAAGGGACGGGUCCCCGAGCUCGAGAACGACUUCAACGAGCGCGUCCGAGCUGUGAUUCAGAAGAGCCGGGAUCACCGAGCACUUGGAGUGGGAAGCAUCACCGUGCCCCACCUGUAUAUUGUCCGAGAAGAUGGCGAGCCGUCUCUCAAGCUGUGGGCGCAGACACUGCUCGUGGAGGACCGAGCGGACCAGGGAGUGAGUGCCGCACAGUGGCUGGGCACACUGCGAGAGAAGGUUGUGCAGUAA